AUGUUUCUGUCUAGGGCCACCCUUCCCUUGAGCAGGCUCAGUCAGCCUAUCAGAACAACUUCUGCUGGACUGCUCCCACUCAAUCAUAUGAUUAUCAGAACGAUGCUGCUAAGACCUAACAAAAUGAAGUAUCGCAAGUCACAAAAAAACAUUCGAGCAGUGCUACCGGUGACCCCUGAAGGAGGCGUGGUAGCUCCAACUCUUAAGUUCGGAAAUUAUGGACUCUAUGCCACAAAAUCCCUGCGUCUCGGUGCCUAUCAUAUCGAAGCAGCUAGGAUGGCGAUUCUGAAGACCAUUGGACGAAAAGGACUGAAAAUUUGGAUCAGAAUAUUCCCACAUAUACCAGUGACCAAGAAACCACUUGAAGUUCGUAUGGGGAAAGGGAAGGGUUCGGUGGAUCGUUUUGUGGCAAAUGUGAAAGCUGGAACCAUGCUGUUCGAGUACAACUGUCCCACUGAGAUUGGAGCAAAGACGGCCUUUAGACAAGUCAAGUAUAAACUACCAGUCAAUGUAAAGUUUUUGCAAACUCAAAAAACUGCUCAAUAA